GCUAGUUUCCCUUCGUUCUCGCUCCUCUGGCAUUGUUUAUUCUGGGGUGAAAGGAACGCUGAGAAAUCGUUCCCGGGUCCAACAUGGCGCUGUCCUGUUCCUUGUACUGGCCUCAAACAUGGCGACCUCCAAUGGGGGCAGACAUAUUUGGAUCACGUGACCCAAUUCUAAGCCCGAGGUGGCCGGAACGUGACGCAAGAUUGAGGCGGAGCUUCAUCCCUGCCCUCUGGCGUCGAGCGUCUCGUGACAGGCACUUCCGCUCGGGGCGGCGGCGGUGGCGGAAGUGGGAGCGGGGCCGGAGUCUUGGCCAUAAAGCCCGAGGCGGCGGCGACGGCGGCGGUGUUGAGCUUAGGAGAGCGCGGCGGAGCCUGCGGAAAGCAGAACUUGGUCUUCUCUGCCCCUGCCCUCCGUUGUGUCCUCGGCGGGAGCCCUUGCGACGCACACGGCCCGGAGUCCCCAGCGCAGCGGCCGCGUGUGAAGGAUGACCUCAAGGAAGAAAGUGUUGCUGAAGGUCAUCAUCCUGGGUGAUUCGGGGGUCGGAAAGACAUCUCUCAUGAACCAGUAUGUGAACAAGAAGUUCAGUAACCAGUACAAAGCCACAAUAGGAGCAGACUUCCUGACUAAGGAGGUGAUGGUGGAUGACAGACUAGUCACCAUGCAGAUCUGGGACACGGCGGGUCAGGAAAGGUUCCAGUCCCUCGGCGUGGCCUUCUACCGCGGAGCAGACUGCUGUGUGCUGGUGUUCGACGUGACGGCCCCGUGGCCACAAAGAGGGCACAGGCCUGGUGCUACAGCAAAAACAACAUUCCCUACUUCGAGACCAGUGCCAAGGAAGCCAUCAACGUGGAGCAGGCAUUCCAGACGAUUGCCCGGAAUGCGCUUAAGCAGGAGACAGAGGUGGAGCUGUACAAUGAGUUCCCCGAACCCAUCAAACUGGACAAGAACGAUCGGGCCAAGCCCUCGGCCGAGAGCUGCAGCUGCUGAGGGGCAGCGGGCACCGAGCACAGAGUCCUUCAGAACCAAGAACACACUUAGGCCUUCAACACAGCCCCUCCUCAAGUCCUGUGACAGGCGUGGAAGGCGGAGGGUUGGACCCCGCCCGGAUGGCAGGGUUGGCAACCCAGAUGCAACAUCCAGCGAUCGGCAGUAUUGUGUACAGCAGACCCGAGCAACGUGCGCCUCUUCUCAGAGAUUUGAGCCGGAAAGCUUGCACCUCCAGGGGAGCUGCCUGGUUGAUUUGCAUAAUCCUGCGGUGUGUGCAAUGGACCCCUGGCUGUUAUCUCCAGAACUGAACCCACUCCCUUUUCAGUUCUCCACCCCCACCUCCCAGCUUCACACCAGAACUCCUGUUAGAUCAGCCUCCCCUGUCCGAGGCAAGGACCAGGCAAGGCCCAGCCAUCUGUCCCGGUGUCCUCCCUCCAUCCUAGAAGGCAGUCCCUGCAGUCUUCCUCUAGUCCCUCUCUGUCCCCGCCCUGGGCCCGCCUGGAGCCCUGGCCGGAGCGCGCCUCGCCAGAGGUCUCCGUGCUAGGUGUAGGCUGAGUUCUCCUGUAAAGAGAUGAACGCGAUGCCAAUAAAAUGUAACAAGAACAAAGCA